AUGCGGGCUGCAGAAAGAGGUGACGUAGAGGCUGUUAAAGCACUUUCUCCUCUUCCCAUGGGAAGGACAGCAGGAUAUGUCAAAACAGACAGAUGGAGUGUGCAUGGAGGAACAGCACUGAUGAUAGCAGCACGAGGACAUGCAGAAGUGGUGAGGCUAUUAGUGAAACACGAGAGUGGUAUGAAGGAUAGAUAUAACUGGACUCCCCUUAAUCAUGCAAAGUCACGGAAUAACCGGAAGUGUAUGGAGCUUCUUCGAGGUGACCAACCGUUCUGA